AUGGAUAGUAGAGACAUGGACUUAUUUGAGGACUACCAGUCUCCAUUUGAUUUUGAUACAGGAGUGAACAAAAAUUAUCUCUACUUGUCUCCUAGUGGAAAUUUAUCUCCACCUGGAUCACCUACUCAGAAAUUUGGUCUGCUGGGGACAGACCCAGUACCCGAGGAAGGAGAAGAUGCUGCUGCCACACUGAGUGCCACAGAGACACUCUCAGAAGAGGAGCAAGAUGAGCUGAGAAGAGAACUUGCAAAGGUAGAAGAAGAAAUCCAGACUCUGUCUCAAGUGUUAGCAGCAAAAGAGAAGCAUCUAGCAGAGAUCAAGCGGAAACUUGGAAUCAACUCACUACAGGAACUGAAACAAAACAUUGCCAAAGGGUGGCAGGACGUGACAGCGACAUCUGCAUACAAGAAGACAUCUGAAACCUUAUCUCAGGCUGGACAGAAGGCUUCAGCUGCGUUUUCAUCUGUUGGCUCAGUCAUCACCAAAAAGCUGGAGGACGUAAAAUUGCAAGCCUUUUCACAUUCCUUUAGUAUACGCUCCAUUCAACAUUCAAUUAGCAUGCCUGCCAUGAGAAAUUCCCCGACUUUCAAAUCCUUUGAAGAAAAAGUUGAAAAUUUAAAGUCUAAAGUAGGGGGAACCAAGCCUGCUGGCGGUGAUUUUGGAGAAGUCUUGAAUUCAACUGCAAAUGCUAGUGCCACCGCCACGGAGCCGCCUCCAGAACAGAUGCAGGAGAGCCCGUGAGAUUCCUACCUUUGUUCUGCUACCCACUGCCAGAUGCUGCGAGCAAGAUCCAAGCACAUCUUGUCAACAUUCAUUCCAUCAAUUUCUACCAGAUGUGCUUUUAUUUAGCUUUACAUAUUUCUUUGACCAAAUAGUUUGUGGGUUAAACAGAAUGAAAAUACCUUCACCUCUACUACCAGAAAAAAACACCCUUUAAUGUGCAUCAAAGGCCCUUAAUUUAGGCAACAGUACUAUAAAGACAGGUAUAGUACCUGGGGAGGCUCACUAGAAUGAUCUGAGAAGCUGCAGGUGAUCAUAGUUGCUUUUCUACUUGACAGAAUUGCUCAAAAUUGCUCUACAUCUGAGAUGCCAGUUUGAUCUUUGUCUUCUGUAAGAUUUUCUUUUUUUCCAAUUUGAAUUUCUAUAUAUUUGAUUCCUAACUAAAAUUGUUCUUCUGAGUUUUCUGAAUCCUGGUUAUUAAAAGUUUUGGUGGUGGUUUGUAGGUGAUAGGGAAGAACUACCACCUACAAAAAUUUUUUUCUUGAAUAAAUCCUGCUUUCAUAUAAGGUACAUAUCUUGGGUGUCUGAAGUCCUCAUACUAAAGUAAACAGCUGUAUAUCCAAUAUGUUAUAGUUCUGUAGGUGACGAUGUUUACAGUAGUUCAGACUACUAAGUGACUUAAGUGGGACCCACUCCUAUAUUCUUGCUAAUCACCAUUUGUGACAGUAACCAUUUCAGCAUCUUGGUUAUUAUGCUACUUACAUCAACUUUUCUUUUAAAACAAGAUUAAAAUUUUAAUUUCUGAGUCAAGCAUAUUGUAUUAUCAGUAGGUUGAAAUAUGAGCAUACUCAUCAAUUGUUCAAUUGAAAAGCCUGAAGGUGUUUUUAGUCUAGGUAGCUGUAAAAAUGCUAAAGUCCUUUACAUUCAGGGAAACAUUGCUGUCUCUAUUUAAUCCAUUUUACAUUCUUUAAAAUAAGCACACAAAGCUAUGUGACUAAUGUAAGUUGAACAUUUUUUAUAUUAAAAUGUUGGCGAUAACUCCUGAGGUUGUAAUGCAUUAAUAAAAAUGGGCUUAUCAUUUUCUACUUGUUUUCAACGUGGUAGCAGUUCUAAAAUGGUACUGUAGACAUUCGCCCUACUUUGAGAACUGGGUCUCUGUUAAUGAAUAAGGCCUCUGGAUGGAUCUGCACAGGCCAAGGUAUUCUGUUUACUCUGAUAAUUAACCCACCACCACCAUCAUCUCCUUAUGCUGUACAUGUUUAUGGCCUACAAGGUUUUAUCUGUUAUUUAUCAAGUGUGACUGUUUUAUUAUUGUUUAUGCCAAAUGUUAAUUGCCAAGCUUGGAAUGACCUAAAUCAUUUUUUGAAAGCAUGACUAUAUUUACUUGAGGAUAAAUUCUUCUGAAAAUCAAAUUUGAAAGGCCAUACAUGUUGUUAUAAAAUGACAUGCUUCCAUUCUUGAUUGCUAGAGCUUGCGUGUUAGCACUUUGAAUGCAAUUGAUACUCCUUUACAUACUUGUGAAAAGCUUAAUAAAUUCUGUAUAUCAGUACUAUAUAGGUCUCAAUAUUUGUUACGAGACCAGUGGUCUGCAAAUAGCUUGUUAAUGAAUCAAUUGUUUUCUAGGCUUUAAAAAAGGGAUUUUUAAAAACCAUCACUCUAAAUCACUGCUUAAUGGUAUCAGACUAACAUAUUCUAAGGUACAUAUUUCCUUCUAGAGGCUGUAAGACUAAGUAAGGUUGUGGUAGCAUUGUCCCAAGAAGUGAAUUUAUAGAAAUUUGUCUCUUUAUAGAAAUACUUUGGUUAUUCAGCUUAACUGUUGAAUUAGUUUUUCUACUAACUAGUCUUGAAUUGUUGUUGUUCCAGUGUUUUCUAUUCAUCACAUUGUUUCCUAGGUGUCCUGUCCUGUGCCUGUCUUUUCAACAGGCAAAAAUAAAGUAAGAUAACAGUUUCUGAAGUGAGGUAAAAUAUCUUGAAAUCUCUUUACUGUCCAUAUGAGGAAAAAUUAUAUAAAUGGUGGUGGGAAGGGGGAUGGGUAUGAAUUGGUGAAUACUGGGAUAGUUAUGAAAGCAACAAUUAGAGAAUCACUUUUCUAGACAUCUUCCUACACUUAAUCUAAAAAAAAAUGUUGUAAAGUACUCUUGUCUCCUAAAGAAGUUGUAAAAAAAGUGAGGAUGAAUUUAGAAAAAUAAGCAUGUCAUUAGAAAUAUUCAAAAUGGUCUUUGUGGUAGAUUCAAUAUUCAGAACUCACAGAUAUUUAAGAAAUUGGAAGCACAGUAGUUAGUAGAAAUACAGAAAGAUGUCCUAGCUACCCUAUUGUGUUUUGUUUGGCACCGUAAGAAAAUGGCAAGAAUGAAGUCUCAGGUAUUUGUAAAAUCUCAGAUAUUAAAGCAUAUAAGAAGUGUAACAGAAGGAAAUAUCCCUGACAAUAUCCCCUUCUUACAAAAAGGAAUGUCUUUAAUUUAUGGAGUCUGUGGGAAAUUCAGGAAGAGUUCUUAUGGUUAAAAGGUCAAAGCAAUCAAUGGAAGAGAGCAGCAUUAUCAGUAAUUGCAUUAUCAUCUUAACAACUCACAGUAAUUAUUGAUCUAUAGCAAACACAUUUAAUUUGGACUGUUUCUAGAUCUGUUAAUCAAGAUAUAUACUGUAUUUUUUUGUAUGGUGUUUGAAAACAAUAAAAAUUCUAUGAUUUGGGUACGGGUUAUUUUGUACAUAUUACUUGUUUAGGAAAGGGGUAAGUCCAAAAUGCAGCUUCUCUUUCAAAUCCUUCUUAGCCUGACUAAAGAUCAGUGAACAGCUGUAUUGAAUCAAGGUAUUAAACAAACAUAAAAAGGCUACAGGCUGGCUACCAAAAGGUAUUUAUUAGGUGUCUGUUUACUGCACAUAUGCCAGAGAAGAUGAUGCAUUAGGCAGUUUGUGAGGAUCACAUGUUUCUUUAUAAUUGUUAAAACCAGAUGAAAAAUCAGAGUCUUGCCCUUAGAAGAAGAGACUUUGACCAUUGGGUUAUCUUUAUUUUUAGUGUUCAUUCCAUUUGAAUUUGUAUUAGUUAUAGAAACCAUGUGUGGGUUAAUAUAAAGUUAAUAUAAAGCAUUAUCACUUUUAAGGAAGCCAGCAAAAAUUGUUUUCACAAUUUUGAUACUGUUCUGACGCUGAAACCAAAACAAACCCCAAGGUUUCUCAUUCUUAGUUUGUAAGCCACCAGGGCAGGGCCUGCAUGUGUCUAUCACCUGUCAGGAUUUCAGACUUCAAUAAAUACUGUUUGGUGACUCAAAUUC